AUGUCUCCAGAUCCUACUGGAAUUAAAGAUCUCUCUGCCUGGCAGAGGGCUGGGGGUCCUGGCCUGCCCGUUCGGGUAACAGGCAGGUGGUGGGAUGAGACCUUCUGCUCCUUUUUUCUCUUCCUCCCGCUCCUCUCUGCAGGCUCAGCGUAUUACGAUAACGUUCGUCCCUUGGCCUACCCGGACUCGGACGCUGUGCUCAUCUGCUUUGACAUCAGCCGCCCGGAGACCCUGGACAGUGUGCUCAAGAAGUGGCAAGGGGAAACUCAGGAGUUCUGCCCCAACGCGAAGAUUGUGCUGGUCGGCUGCAAGCUGGACAUGCGGACGGACUUAAACACGCUCCGGGAGCUUUCCAAGCAGCGCCUGAUCCCCGUGACGCACGAGCAGGGCAGCGCGCUGGCGCGGCAGAUUGGGGCAGUGGCCUAUGCAGAGUGCUCCUCCAAGGUCUCGGAGAACAGCGUACGGGAUGUGUUUCACGUGACCACACUUGCCUCGGUCAACAGGGUGCACAAGAACUUGAAGCGCAGCAACUCCAAACGGGGACUGAAGCGGGCAUCACAGAUGUCUGGCAGGACGGACUUACUGAACGACACAGAGAUCAGGAAAGACCGAGCCAAGAGCUGCUCCAUCAUGUGA